GGUGUGUAUUUGCUUGUAGACACCAAUUUUCAUAACUUGAGAAUCAUUUGAAUUGGAUUAAUUGAAUGUUGAAAAGAAUCAAAAGUUAAAAGACUCAAUUUUUUUCUCUAGCAAUAUUAGAAGGCCAGCUAUAUCUACGAUUUAAAAUAAACGUAAAGGACGAACCUAAAACUUAAAAUAAUAGUAAAGAGGAAACAUAUGAUUAAACUUAAAUAAAAUAGCAGUCAUAUAAAAUAGUAGUCAAAUAAAAUACACUCAACUACAAAGAAAUAGGAGCCGCCUGAACGAGACCGCUGCUUCCUAGCUAAUUCCUAUUUAAAACACUUCCCCACUUACAAUUGCAUUAAUAAACAUUGACACAAACACAAGUCUCAAACAAAAUCUGAAACAACAUAGUCACCCAUUUUUUUUUUAACAUUGAACUAAGAAUAUGUCUGCCAUCACUGCAAUCCAUGUUGAGAACAUUGAAUUCCCGGCGGUGAUUACUUCUCCGGUGACCGGUAAGUCAUAUUUUCUUGGUGGUGCAGGGGAGAGAGGUUUGACUAUUGAAGGAAACUUCAUCAAGUUCACUGCCAUAGGAGUAUAUUUGGAAGAUGUAGCAGUGGCUUCACUUGCCUCUAAAUGGAAGGGUAAAUCCUCUGAAGAGUUACUUGAGACCCUUGACUUCUACAGAGACAUCAUUUCAGGCCCCUUUGAAAAGUUGAUUAGAGGCUCAAAGAUUAGGGAAUUGAGUGGUCCUGAGUACUCAAGGAAGGUUACAGAAAACUGUGUGGCACACUUAAAAUCUGUUGGGACUUAUGGAGAUGCAGAAGUUGAAGCAAUGGAAAAAUUUGUUGAAGCCUUCAAGCCUAUUAAUUUUCCACCUGGUGCCUCUGUUUUUUACAGGCAAUCACCUGAUGGAAUAUUAGGGCUUAGUUUCUCUCAAGACGCAAGUAUACCAGAAAAGGAGGCUGCAGUUAUAGAGAACAAGGCAGCUUCAUCGGCAGUGUUAGAGACUAUGAUUGGUGAACAUGCUGUUUCACCUGAUUUAAAGCGUUGUUUGGCUGCAAGAUUACCUGCCUUGUUGAACGAGGGUACUUUCAAGAUUGAAAACUGAUUAUUAUCAUCUCCAAAAUCGUUGCAGCACAAGAUCGUUGAGUUGAGAGCAUUUACUUUAUGUCUACACAUCUUUAACUUUUGUAUCUCUCUUUUUACCUUCUUAUCAAUAAUACUAUGGAACGAAGCGAAAAGAAAUGAAAUGAAAUAUCUCACUUUCUACUCUUA